CUAUGUCAUGCCAAGACUAACCCGUCUGUUUGCUUCUGUGGCUCCAGGGCCAUGAUGGCCGGGUAACCUCUCCACUUUAAAUGCAAAGGGACAGCUAGUCUCAGUCUGCUUGCAUCUGUGUGCUCCAGUAGUAAGCAGAAAGAGUGUUGGGGUCCAACAGUGCAAGAAAAGUGACGAAGCCACCUGCAAUCCUGAGCCCUGGAAGUGCUGAUUCUGUGGCAGUGAUGAUUUGUACUGGGGUCCCAGUCUGUAAAGCGGCUGCGUUGUGUCUGCAGUAUAACACACAUUCUGAGAUCAGUGAGCCUCUGUCGAAGCAGACGGAUACAUCUGCAUACAGCCCGGUUGCAAGAUGAAAGUCCUAUACUUGGUAUUGCAAGGUGAUCGAUGGCCUGUGUCAAGACAUGACAAACAGAGCAAGAAAACCUUGCAGCCUUAUGAACUUAAUAUUAAAGUGUACAUAACUUAAAAACAUUAAACGUUUUGCAAACCUAAGAGGAAUUCCUUGAGAACUGUACAAUGCUUGGUUGCUGAUGGAGCCUGCAAGCCAUAAAACCCUGCAGUUAGUGAUAAGGACUGAUGGCAAAGGAGUAAACCAACAUGGCAGCUAUGGUCCCACCUGUGAAGCUGAAAUGGCUUGAACAUCUGAACAGCUCCUGGAUCACAGAAGACAGUGAAUCCAUUGCAACAAGGGAGGGAGUUUCUAUCUUGUAUGCUAAAUUAGUCAGCAAUAAAGAAGUAGUGCCAUUGCCUCAGCAGGUGCUGUGCCUCAAAGGACCUCAGUUACCAGAUUUUGAGCGGGAAUCUCUAUCUAGUGAUGAACAGGACCACUACUUGGAUGCCCUUCUUAGCAGCCAGCUGGCACUGGCGAAGAUGGUAUGCUCAGACUCUCCAUUUGCUGGAGCACUUCGAAAACGUCUCCUUGUGUUGCAGCGUGUCUUCUAUGCACUUUCUAAUAAAUACCAUGAUAAGGGUAAGGUAAAACAACAGCAGCAUUCACCAGAAAGCAGUUCUGGAUCAACAGAUGUGCAUUCUGUCAGCGAACGUCCAAGGUCGAGUACAGAUGCACUCAUAGAAAUGGGGGUUCGGACUGGAUUAAGCUUGUUAUUUGCACUGCUAAGACAAAGUUGGAUGAUGCCUGCAUCAGGACCUGGCCUCAGUCUUUGCAAUGAUGUUAUCCAUACUGCAAUAGAAGUCGUGAGCUCUUUACCACCUUUAUCUUUAGCAAAUGAAAGCAAGAUUCCACCAAUGGGGUUGGACUGUUUAUCACAAGUAACAACAUUUCUUAAAGGAGUAACAAUUCCAAACUCUGGGGCAGACACUUUAGGUCGUAGAUUAGCUUCUGAAUUGCUUCUUGGUUUGGCUGCCCAACGAGGUGCCUUGCGAUAUCUUCUUGAAUGGAUAGAAAUGGCUUUAGGUGCUUCAGCCGUAGUAAACACCAUGGAGAAAACCAAGUUGCUGCAAAGCCCGGAAGGAAUGAUCAGCUUUGAUUGCUUUAUGAGUAUACUAUCACAGAUGCGGCGAUCUUUGGGAUCAUCUGCAGAUCGAAGUCAAUGGAGAGAGCCAACUAGAACCUCUGACGGCUUAUGUUCUCUUUACGAGGCAGCUCUGUGUUUAUUUGAAGAGGUUUGUCGAAUGGCGUCAGACUAUUCAAGAACAUGUGCCAGCCCUGACAGCAUUCAAACGGGUGAUGCUCCCAUUGUUUCUGAGACCUGUGAAGUGUAUGUUUGGGGUAGCAACAGCAGUCAUCAACUGGUAGAAGGAACUCAAGAGAAAAUACUUCAGCCCAAGCUUGCUCCAAGUUUUUCUGAUGCACAGACGAUUGAAGCAGGACAAUAUUGUACGUUUGUUAUUUCUACGGAUGGUUCUGUUCGAGCCUGUGGUAAAGGCAGCUAUGGGAGGCUAGGACUGGGUGACUCCAAUAAUCAGUCCACAUUGAAGAAACUGACUUUUGAGCCUCAUAGGUCUAUCAAAAAAGUGUCAUCUUCGAAAGGAUCUGAUGGUCACACUUUAGCAUUUACAACAGAAGGGGAAGUCUUCAGCUGGGGUGACGGUGACUAUGGAAAACUGGGACAUGGAAAUAGUUCAACUCAGAAAUAUCCCAAACUUAUUCAGGGUCCUCUGCAAGGAAAGGUUGUUGUAUGUGUAUCUGCUGGAUACAGACACAGUGCCGCUGUUACAGAAGAUGGAGAGCUAUAUACAUGGGGAGAAGGAGACUUUGGAAGAUUAGGUCAUGGUGACAGCAACAGCCGCAACAUUCCAACUUUAGUUAAAGAUAUUAGCAAUGUAGGAGAGGUUUCCUGUGGCAGUUCACACACAAUAGCUCUGUCCAAAGAUGGGAGAACAGUGUGGUCAUUUGGAGGAGGAGACAAUGGCAAACUUGGUCAUGGUGACACAAAUAGAGUAUAUAAACCUAAAGUUAUAGAAGCCUUGCAAGGAAUGUUUAUUCGAAAAGUUUGUGCUGGCAGCCAGUCUUCACUGGCCUUGACAUCAACAGGGCAGGUGUAUGCAUGGGGCUGUGGUGCAUGCCUUGGCUGUGGCUCUUCAGAGGCAACUGCUCUCAGACCCAAGCUUAUUGAAGAACUGGCUGCUACAAGGAUAGUCGAUAUUUCGAUUGGUGACAGUCACUGUUUGGCACUUUCUCAUGACAAUGAAGUUUAUGCUUGGGGCAACAAUUCAAUGGGACAGUGUGGUCAGGGAAACUCUACUGGUCCCAUUACUAAGCCGAAGAAAGUAAGUGGCUUAGAUGGAGUUGCAAUUCAACAGAUUUCAGCAGGAACGUCCCAUAGCCUUGCCUGGACAGCUCUUCCAAGGGACAGGCAAGUUGUGGCAUGGCACAGACCCUAUUGUGUAGACCUUGAAGAAAGUACCUUUUCGCAUCUUCGUUCUUUUCUUGAGCACUACUGUGACAAAAUUAACAGUGAAAUCCCCCCUCUGCCUUUUCCUUCAUCAAGGGAACAUCACAAUUUUCUUAAGUUGUGUUUGAAGCUGCUUUCUAAUCAUCUUGCACUUGCACUGGCUGGAGGUGUAGCUACUAGCAUUCUUGGCCGGCAAGCUGGUCCUCUUCGAAAUUUGUUGUUUAGACUGAUGGACUCUUCUGUCCCUGAUGAAAUUCAGGAAGUCGUAAUCGAGACUCUCUCAGUAGGAGCAACUAUGCUGCUUCCUCCAUUGCGGGAGAGAAUGGAAUUGCUGCAUUCUCUUCUGCCCCAAGGUCCUGACAGAUGGGAAAGCUUAUCGAAAGGACAGCGAAUGCAAUUGGACAUUAUUCUGACAAGCUUGCAGGACCACACACAUGUAGCUUCCCUGCUUGGCUAUAGCUCACCGUCUGAUGCCACAGAAACUUCCUCAUUAUGUAUCAGCUAUGGAAAUCUCUCUGAUCAAACGUAUGCUAUCCAGAGCAGUCAUCCGGAUACUCAUCUAGCUGAAAUCUUAAUGAAGACUCUUCUAAGAAAUCUGGGAUUUUAUACGGACCAAGCCUUUGGGGAACUGGAAAAAAACAGCGAUAAGUUUUUACUGGGUACAUCAUCAUCAGAAAACAGCCAACCAGCUCAUCUUCAUGAGCUUUUAUGUUCACUGCAGAAACAGUUGCUGGCUUAUUGCCACAUCAACAGUGUCAGUGAGAAUUCCAGCAGUGUGGCACUACUUCACAAACACCUUCAGCUUUUAUUGCCUCAUGCUACAGAUAUCUAUUCCCGUUCUGCUACGCUGCUGAAGGAGAGCUCAUGGAACGGUAGCGUUGGAGAAAAACUGAGAGAUGUAAUUUAUGUAUCAGCUGCUGGUAGCAUGCUGUCUCAGAUUGUCAACUCAUUAUUGUUACUGCCAGUAUCAGUAGCUCGGCCUUUGUUGAGUUACCUGCUAGAUCUGUUGCCACCUUUAGAUCGUCUUAAUAGACUGUUACCUGCUGCAGCCCUUUUAGAAGAUCAAGAACUACAGUGGCCACUUCAUGGUGGACCUGAAUUAAUUGAUCCCGCGGGAGUGCCCUUACCACAGCCUGCCCAGUCUUGGGUAUGGCUUGUGGAUCUGGAGAGAACAGUAGCUUUGCUUAUUGGGCGGUGUCUUGGUGGCAUGCUUCAAGGGCCCCCAGUGUCCCCUGAGGAGCAAGAUACAGCAUAUUGGUUGAAAACUCCACUUUUCAGUGAUGGAGUGGAAAUGGAUAUUCCUCAUUUAGGUAUUUCCCUUCUGUUAGACAAAUGCAUGAGCUCCUUACUGGAAGUGGCCCUAUCUGGAAAUGAGGAACAGAAGCCCUUUGAUUAUAAGCUGAGACCUGAGAUUACAGUCUAUGUUGAUUUGGCCUUGGGUUGUACAAAAGAGCCAGCAAGGAGCCUUUGGAUCAGUAUGCAAGACUAUGCUGUUAGUAAAGAUUGGGAUACUGCAACUUUAAGUAAUGAAUCACUCCUAGAUACUGUGUCCAGAUUUGUUCUUGCUGCUCUUCUGAAACAUACAAGUUUACUUAGUCAAGCUUGUGGUGAGAGCAGGUACCAGCCUGGCAAAGCCUUGGCAGAAGUAUACCGUUGUGUAUAUAAAGUUCGGAGUCGCUUGCUUGCCUGCAAGAACAUGGAACUUAUCCAGACUAGAUCAUCCUCAAGAGACAGAUGGAUGUUAGAUAACCAAGAAUCUGCCGAUAUUGAUACUCAAGAACAUUCUUUUACUCGUACAAUUGAUGAAGAAGCAGAAAUGGAGGAGCAGGCAGAACGCGAUAGAGAAGAAGGACACCCAGAACAAGAAGAUGAAGAGGAGGAAAGAGAACAUGAAGUUAUGACAGCUGGUAAAAUAUUUCAAUGUUUCCUAUCAGCCCGUGAAGUAGCUCGCAGUCGGGAUCGAGAUAGGAUGAACACUGGGACAGGGACUAGACUUGAUGAUCCACCUCCUCAGUCUCAGCAGGAACGAAGAAUCAGCACUGAUCUGACAGAGGGUCAGGAUGUGUAUACUGCUGCAUGCAACUCUGUGAUCCACAGAUGUGCCUUGUUGAUCUUGGGAGUCAGCCCUGUUAUUGAGGAGCUGCAGAAACGAAGGGAGGAGGGACAGUUACAGCAGCCUCCCUCUACUACGCCUGAAGGGAUUGGACUCAUGACAAGCAGGAGUGAAAGUCUUACUGCAGAAAGUCGCUCAAUCCAUGCAAACUCAAACUACAGACUGAUUAAGUCAAGAAGUGAAUCUGAUUUGUCUCAGCCAGAAUCAGAUGAGGAAGGUUAUUCAUUGAGUGGAAGACGAAACGUUGAUUUGGAUUUGGCUUCUUCACACAGAAAGAGGGGAGCAAUACACAGCCAAGUGGAACCUUUAAGUGACUCAUGGGUUCGACUGAAACACAGCAGGGAUUGGUUAUACACUUCCUCCUACUCAUUUGUUGAGUCCGAUUUUGAUCUCUCAAGAUCCCUUGGAGUUCAUACUUUGAUUGAAAAUGUUGUCAGCUUUGUAAGUGGAGAUGUGGGAAAUUCACCAGGAUUUAAGGAACCAGAGGAAAGUAUGUCCACCAGUCCACAAGCAUCAGUAAUUGCAAUGGAGCAACAGCAGCUGAGGGCUGAGCUUCGUCUGGAAGCGCUUCAUCAGAUUUUAGUGCUUCUAUCAGGGAUGGAGGAAAAAGGCAGUGUGCCAUUAAUGGGAAGCCGUCAAGUACCAGGAUUUCAGUCUUCUUCAUUGCUUACUUCUGUUAGACUACAGUUUCUGGCUGGCUGCUUUGGUUUGGGCACUGUAGGACAUGCAGGUGCCAAAGGAGAGAGUGUAAGAUUGCAUCACUACCAGGAUGGUAUCAGAGCAGCUAAGAGAAGUAUUCAAAUUGAAAUCCAGGUGGCUGUGCACAAAAUUUAUCAGCAAUUGUCUGCUACGUUAGAAAGAGCUCUGCAAGCUAAUAAGCAUCACAUAGAAGCACAACAGCGUCUUCUGUUGGUGACAGUCUUUGCUCUCAGCGUACAUUACCAACCUGUUGAUGUCUCCUUGGCCAUUUCCACUGGUCUGCUGAAUGUGCUCUCUCAGCUGUGUGGCACAGACACCAUGCUAGGACAGCCACUGCAGCUGCUGCCCAAAACCGGCAUUUCUCAGCUCAGCACAGCUUUGAAAGUAGCCAGUACAAGACUACUUCAGAUCCUCGCUAUCACCACAGGAACCUAUGCUGACAAACUGAGCCCAAAGGUGGUCCAGUCUUUGCUGGAUUUGUUAUGCAGUCAGCUGAAGAAUUUGUUAUCACAGGCUGGUGUGAUGCUUAUGGCUUCCUUUGGAGAAGGGGAAGGUGAGGAAGAUGAAGUAGAAUCAAAAAAGGCAGAUUCAAAUGUGGAUAAUGAGAAGAGAGACUUCAGAGCUGCCCUCCGGAAGCAACAUGCAGCGGAAUUGCACUUGGGAGACUUUCUUGUUUUCCUACGUAGAGUUGUGUCUUCAAAAGCAAUUCAGUCAAAAAUGGCAUCUCCGAAGUGGACAGAAGUACUUCUUAACAUUGCUUCUCAGAAGUGUUGCUCAGGAGUUCCCUUGGUUGGCAAUUUGAGGACAAGACUUCUUGCACUUCAUGUACUAGAAGCUGUACUGCCUGCUUGUGAAUCUGGUGUUGAAGACGAUCAAAUGGCUCAGGUUGUUGAACGAUUAUUCUCGCUUCUGUCUGACUGCAUGUGGGAGACUCCAAUAGCUCAGGCUAAACAUGCAAUUCAAAUAAAGGAGAAAGAACAAGAGAUGAAGCUACAGAAGCAAGGAGAGUCUGAAGAUGAAGAUGAGAAUCUUCCCAUACAGGAAGUGUCCUUUGACCCUGAGAAAGCUCAGUGCUGCAUAGUGGAGAAUGGGCAGAUUCUAACUCAUGGAAGUGGAGGGAAAGGAUAUGGCUUAGCAUCCACUGGAGUUACUUCUGGGUGUUACCAGUGGAAGUUCUACAUUGUGAAGGAGAAUCGAGGCAAUGAAGGCACAUGUGUAGGAGUGUCUCGCUGGCCGGUACAUGAUUUUAACCAUCGCACUACCUCAGAUAUGUGGCUAUAUAGAGCCUACAGUGGUAACCUCUAUCACAAUGGAGAACAAACUCUGACUCUGUCCAGCUUUACUCAAGGAGAUUUCAUCACAUGCGUAUUAGAUAUGGAAGCAAGAACUAUUUCCUUUGGUAAAAAUGGAGAGGAACCAAAACUAGCUUUUGAAGAUGUGGAUGCUGCAGAGUUAUACCCUUGUGUUAUGUUCUAUAGCAGUAAUCCAGGAGAGAAGGUGAAAAUCUGUGAUAUGCAGAUGCGUGGUACACCAAGAGAUUUGCUACCUGGUGACCCCAUCUGUAGUCCUGUAGCUGCAGUGCUGGCAGAAGCCACUAUCCAACUCAUUCGUAUCCUUCAUCGCACAGACCGUUGGACACACUGCAUCAAUAAAAAAAUGAUGGAAAGACUGAAUAAAAUCAAAACGUGUCUUAAAGAAGCAGGCCAAAAGCUGAAGAAAAGUCGCUCAAUUCAAAGUCGAGAAGAGAACGAGGUGAGAGAGGAGAAAGAAAAUAAAGAGGAGGAGAAAAGCAAACACAGUAGGCAUGGUCUGGCUGACCUUUCGGAACUGCAGCUGAAGAUGCUUUGUGUGGAAGUGUGGCCUGUUCUAGCAGUAAUUGGUGGAGUUGAUGCUGGUCUUAGAGUUGGAGGUCGAUGUGUACACAAGCAGACGGGACGUCAUGCCACCUUGCUUGGAGUAGUGAAGGAAGGCAGCACAUCUGCCAAGGUCCAAUGGGAUGAAGCAGAGAUUACUAUCAGCUUCCCAACUUUUUGGUCGCCUAGUGAUACUCCAUUGUAUAAUCUGGAGCCCUGCGAACCACUGCCUUUUGAUGUUGCAAGAUUUCGUGGGCUGACAGCUACUGUGUUACUGGACCUUACCUAUCUGACUGGCAUUCAUGAAGAUACAGGAAAGCAAAGCACCAAGAGACACGAGAAAAAACACAGACAUGAAUCUGAAGAUAAAGGGGAAGUGGACCAGAAAACGGAAGGUGAUGUUGGAUCAGAUACACGAUUAGGACAAAGUGCUGAUGAUAACAAAGGACAUAGCUCGACAAGCUCUAAGUCGGAAAAUGAAAUCGCUUCCUUUUCUUUAGAACCGUCAGCACUCGGUAUGGAAUCCCAACACCAACCUGCUGAAGGAAGAAAAAAGAAUCAUGAACAUACUCCAAGAAAUCAUGAUAUAGUGCAGUCAGAAAUCAGAGCAGUACAGCUGUCUUAUCUUUAUCUGGGCGCUAUGAAAUCACUUAGUGUUCUUCUUAGUUGUAGUAAAUAUGCUGAGCUACUGUUAAUACCAAAAGUCCUGGCAGAAAAUGGUCACAACUCUGAUUGUGCUAGUUCUCCAGUUGUUCACGAAGACGUUGAAAUGCGUGCUGCCUUGCAGUUCCUGAUGCGACACAUGGUGAAACGGGCAGUCAUGCGUUCCCCAAUUAAAAGAGCUCUGGGACUGGCAGAUCUGGAACGAGCACAAGCCAUGAUCUACAAAUUAGUGGUUCACGGGCUGCUGGAGGAUCAGUUUGGUGGAAGACUUAAACAAGAAGUAGAUCAACAAGUAGAAGAAGGUGACCAGUCUCAGCAAGCCCAAACACCAGUUACAACCAGCCCUUCUGCUUCUAGCACAACGUCUUUCAUGAGCAGCUCUCUGGAGGAUACUACCACUGCCACUACUCCAGUAACUGAUACGGAAACAGUUCCAGCUUCAGAAUCACCUGGUGUUAUGCCUCUCAGUCUCCUUAGGCAAAUGUUCUCCAGUUACCCUACUACAACUGUACUUCCAGCACGACGUGCUCAGACGCCUCCAAUAUCUUCUUUACCAACAUCUCCUUCAGAUGAAGUUGGAAGGAGACAAAGUUUGACUUCUCCUGAUUCCCAGUCUGCGAGGCCUGCCAAUCGUACAGCUUUGUCUGAUCCAAGCAGCCGACUUUCAACAUCCCCUCCUCCUCCUGCCAUUGCUGUUCCAUUGUUAGAAAUGGGAUUCUCCCUCAGGCAAAUUGCAAAAGCUAUGGAAGCUACAGGUGCCAGAGGAGAAGCAGAUGCACAGAAUAUUACAGUGCUGGCCAUGUGGAUGAUAGAGCACCCUGGAAAUGAAGAUGAUGAGGAACCCCAGUCAGAAGGGACUGCAGAUUCACGACAUGGGACAAUAGUCUCUGGAAGUGGUGGAAAAUCUGUUGAUCGUUGUUAUUGUCAGUCACCAGGUGACAUCCCUUCUGCUGAUGCCACUGAAAUGGAGGAAGGGUUUAGUGAAAGCCCUGAUAAUAUGGAUCAUGUGGAUAACGCAGCUUCUGCGAGCGGACCUCCUUCUAGAAGUCGGUCUGCUGUAACGAGAAGACACAAAUUUGAUUUAGCUGCCCGAACGUUGCUAGCACGUGCUGCGGGCUUAUACCGCUCUGUACAGGCCCACCGGAAUCAGAGUCGAAGAGAAGGGAUAUCUUUGCAGCAAGAUCCAGGGGCGCUUUAUGACUUCAACUUGGAUGAGGAGUUAGAAAUUGACCUUGAUGAUGAAGCAAUGGAAGCUAUGUUUGGGCAAGACCUGGCUAGUGAUAAUGAUAUUCUGGGAAUGUGGAUCCCAGAGGUAUUGGAUUGGCCUACCUGGCAUGUUUGUGAAUCCGAAGACAGAGAAGAAGUAGUGGUUUGUGAACUAUGUGAAUCCAGCGUUGUCAGCUUCAAUCAACACAUGAAAAGAAACCACCCAGGCUGUGGUCGCAGUGCAAAUCGCCAGGGCUAUCGAAGCAAUGGCUCCUACGUAGACGGCUGGUUUGGUGGUGAAUGUGGAAGUGGAAAUCCUUACUAUUUGUUGUGCGGCAUCUGCAGAGAGAAAUACCUAGCCCUGAAAAGUAAAUCUAAAACAUCAGCUUCUGAAAGGUACAAAGGCCAGGCUCCUGAUUUAAUAGGUAAACAGGACAGUGUUUAUGAAGCUUUUGUAACCAAGUCUAAUUACAUUUCUGCAACUCCAGAAGACUGGGACAUGUUAGAUGUAGAUGAAGAUGAAAAGCUGACAGGAGAAGAGGAGUUUGAAUUACUGGCUGGACCUCUUGGGUUAAAUGAUCGGCGUAUUGUGCCUGAACCUGUACAGUUCCCUGACAGCGACCCUCUGGGGGCUUCAGUUGCAAUGGUGACAGCCACCAACAGCAUGGAAGAAACGUUGAUGCAAAUAGGCUGUCACGGCUCUAUAGAAAAAAGUUCUUCUGGCAGGAUAACCUUAGGAGAACAAGCAGCUGCCCUAGUAAAUCCACAUGACCGUGUUAUGGCUCUGAGAAGAGUGACUGCUGCCGCCCAAGUCCUUCUUGCAAGAACUAUGGUUAUGAGAGCACUCUCACUUCUGUCUGUCAGUGGUUCCAGUUGUAGCCUGGCAGCUGGUCUUGAAUCCUUGGGAUUAACAGAUAUCAGAACUUUGGUUCGGUUAAUGUGCCUCGCUGCAGCAGGGAGAGCAGGCCUCUCCACAAGUCCAUCCACUGUGUCAAGUUCAACAGAGCGAUCUAGAGGAAUACACAGCAAAACAAGCAAGCCUAUAUCUUGCCUUGCCUAUCUGAGUACAGCAGUGGGCUGUUUGGCAUCAAACACUCCUAGUGCUGCAAAGCUGCUGGUACAGUUAUGUACACAGAAUUUGAUUUCUGCAGCAACUGGUGUAAACUUGACAACAGUUGAUGAUCCAAUUCAGCGAAAAUUUUUGCCGAGUUUUUUAAGAGGAAUUGCGGAAGAAAACAAACUUGUUACAUCUCCAAAUUUUGUGGUUACUCAGGCGCUUGUAGCAUUGUUGGCAGACAAAGGGGCCAAACUCAGGCCAAACUAUGAUAAAGCAGAAAUUGAAAAGAAAGCAGGUUUAAUUGCCCAUUUGUAUGCCCAUCCUUCCUAUGAUCCUUCUGCUGUAGGCCCUCUGGAGCUGGCUAAUGCACUAGCAGCUUGCUGCCUCUCUUCAAGGUUAUCUUCACAACAUAGGCAGUGGGCUGCUCAGCAGCUGGUGAGAACUCUUGCAGCACACGAUCGAGAUAAUCAAACUGUUCCUCAGACCCUCGCUGAUAUGGGGGGAGACUUACGAAAAUGUUCCUUCAUAAAACUAGAGGCUCAUCAGAACAGGGUCAUGACGUGUGUUUGGUGCAAUAAAAAGGGACUUUUGGCUACUAGUGGAAAUGAUGGCACCAUAAGAGUUUGGAAUGUUACAAAGAAGCAGUAUUCAUUGCAACAGACGUGUGUGCUCAACAAGCUAGAAGGUGAUUCUGAAGAAAGUCUGGGGUCACCCAGUGACCUGAGUUUGUCUCUUGUCUGUUGGAGCAUCAGCGGCAAGUACCUGGCUGGAGCUACAGAAAAGAUGGUGAACAUAUGGCAAGUCAAUGGAGGAAGAGGAUUAUUAGAUCUUCAGCCUCACUGGGUAUCUGCUCUAGCUUGGCCAGAAGAAGGGCCAGCUGCAGCAUGGACAGGAGAUGCUCCAGAAUUAUUAUUAAUUGGUCGUAUGGAUGGGUCUCUUGGACUUAUUGAAGUUGUAGAUAUUUCAGCCAUGCACCGACUAGAACUGGAACACUGCUACAGAAAGGAUGUGUCUGUUACAUGCCUUGCCUGGUUCAGUGAAGACAGACCAUUUGCAGUUGGCUAUUCGGAUGGAAAAUUGCUAAUGGGAACAAAGGAACCCCUUGAAAAAGGAGGGAUCGUUCUAGUUGAUGCACAUAAGGAUAUGAUUGUUAGUAUGAAGUGGGAUCCAACUGGUAAGAUUCUUCUGACAUGUGCCAAAGAAGAAACAGUGAAACUCUGGGGGUGCAUGGGAGGAUGCUGGAGGCGCCUGCAUUCGCUGUCCCAUCCAGCUCUUGUGAAUGGCAUUGCCUGGUGUGCUCUGCCAGGGAAAGGACCCAAGUUGCAGCUUUUACUUGCUACAGGAUGCCACAAUGGUUUGGUGUGUGUCUGGACUGUUCCCCAAGACGUAGUAAUCACUUUGCAGUCCAGCUCAACUUGCUCAGAAGGAUGGUGGGACCAAGAAACAACUGCCAAGGAUGGAUACAGAAAAGCAGUAGAAGUCAAGUGUGUAUUUCAACUGAGAGGACACAUUACUCCUGUUCGGACUGUUGCAUUCAGUCCCGAUGGACUGGCAUUAGUAUCUGGUGGACUUGGUGGUCUCAUGAAUAUUUGGUCUUUACGGGAUGGUUCAGUAUUACAGAGUGUUGUGAUAGGUUCUGGAGCUAUUCAGACUGCAGUAUGGAUACCUGAGGUUGGAGUGGCUGCUUGCUCUAACAGAUCAAAGGAUGUGUUGGUAGUGAACUGCACGUCAGAGUGGAUAUCUUCCAAUCACAUCCUUGCAACGUGUAGGACUGCACUGAAACAGCAAGGAGUGCUGGGAUUGAAUAUGGCUCCUUGCAUGCGCGCCUUCUUGGAACGUUUGCCCAUAAUGCUUCAGGAACAGUAUGCUUACGAAAAGCCCCACGUUGUUUGUGGAGACCAGCUGGUUCACAGCCCCUACAUGCAGUGCUUGGCGUCGCUCGCGGUGGGCCUUCACCUGGACCAGCUCUUGUGCACCCCCCCGGUACCGCCUCAUCACCAGAGCUGCCUCCCCGACCCUUCAGCCUGGAGCCCCACGGAAUGGGCCUGGCUGGAGUGCUUCUCUACUACCAUCAAAGCUGCCGAAGCCCUGGCCAAGGGCGCGCAGUUCCCAGAGUCCUUCACCGUUCCCGACCUGGAGCCUGUUCCAGAGGAUGAGCUUACCCUCCUGAUGGAUAAUAGUAAAUGGAUCAAUGGUAUGGAUGAACAGAUAAUGUCUUGGGCAACGUCAAGGCCAGAGGAUUGGCACUUGGGAGGCAAAUGUGACGUGUAUCUGUGGGGAGCAGGAAGACAUGGGCAGUUAGCAGAAGCUGGUAGAAAUGUCAUGAUACCAGUAGCAGCACCUUCAUUCUCUCAGGCUCAGCAGGUUGUUUGUGGUCAGAAUUGUACUUUUGUCAUUCAAGCUAAUGGCACAGUUUUGGCUUGUGGAGAAGGGAGCUAUGGGCGACUGGGACAAGGAAAUUCUGACGAUCUUCAUGUGUUAACAGUCAUUUCAGCACUUCAAGGCUUUGUUGUAACACAGCUGGUGACCUCUUGUGGGUCUGAUGGACAUUCCAUGGCUUUAACAGAAAGUGGGGAAGUCUUUAGCUGGGGAGAUGGAGAUUAUGGCAAACUGGGACAUGGGAACAGCGACAGACAGCGCAGGCCUAGACAAAUAGAGGCUCUGCAAGGAGAAGAAGUGGUGCAGAUGUCAUGUGGCUUCAAACAUUCAGCUGUGGUGACGGCAGAUGGCAAACUUUUUACAUUUGGAAAUGGUGAUUAUGGUCGAUUAGGACUUGGAAAUACUUCCAAUAAGAAACUCCCAGAAAGAGUGACGGCGCUGGAGGGUUACCAGAUUGGACAGGUGGCCUGUGGACUCAAUCAUACUGUAGCUGUGUCAACAGAUGGCUCAAUGGUUUGGGCUUUUGGAGACGGAGAUUAUGGUAAACUUGGUUUGGGAAAUUCCACUGCAAAAUCUUCACCGCAGAAAGUCGAUAUUCUUUGUGGAAUUGGAAUAAAAAAAGUUGCCUGUGGAACCCAGUUCUCUGUCGCACUGACAAAAGAUGGUCAUGUAUAUACUUUUGGACAAGAUCGCCUGAUAGGUUUGCCAGAAGGUCGUGCUCGAAAUCACAACAGACCCCAGCAGGUUCCAGUGCUGUCGGGAAUCUUCAUUGAAGACAUCGCCGUCGGAGCAGAGCACACGCUGGCUUUGUCAUCUACGGGGGAUGUAUACGCAUGGGGAAGCAACUCGGAAGGGCAGCUUGGACUGGGCCAUACCAACCAUGUCAGAGAACCAACCCUAAUAACCGUCCUGCAAGGCAAGAAUGUUCGGCAGAUUUCAGCAGGACGGUGCCACAGCGCUGCCUGGACAGCUCCGCCUGUUCCACCGAGAGCGCCAGGUGUUUCAGUGCCUUUACAGCUUGGUUUACCUGAUGCCAUUCCACCGCAGUACGGGGCACUGAAAGAAGUGAGCAUUCAUACAGUGAGAGCAAGGCUCAGACUGUUGUACCAUUUUUCUGACCUCAUGUACUCUUCAUGGAGAUUACUUAACCUCAGUCCCAAUAACCAGAACAGUACAUCUCAUUACAAUGCUGGAACAUGGGGAAUAGUUCAAGGACAGCUAAGGCCCUUGCUAGCACCCCGAGUGUACACGCUCCCCAUGGUGCGCUCCAUAGGAAAAACUAUGGUUCAGGGGAAAAACUAUGGGCCACAAAUUACUGUGAAAAGGAUAUCAACCAGAGGUCGGAAAUGCAAGCCCAUUUUUGUACAAAUAGCAAGACAAGUGGUAAAGCUGAAUGCAUCAGACCUUCGUCUGCCUUCCCGUGCCUGGAAAGUGAAACUGGUUGGAGAAGGAGCUGAUGAUGCAGGUGGAGUGUUUGAUGACACGAUUACAGAAAUGUGUCAGGAACUGGAAACUGGAAUAGUAGACCUGCUUAUUCCUUCCCCAAAUGCUACAGCUGAAGUAGGCUACAAUAGGGAUAGGUUUCUCUUUAACCCUUCGGCAUGUUUAGAUGAACAUCUGAUGCAGUUUAAGUUCUUGGGCAUUCUCAUGGGUGUAGCUAUCCGUACAAAAAAGCCAUUAGAUCUUCAUUUGGCUCCAAUGGUCUGGAAGCAACUUUGUUGUAUCCCACUCAUCUUGGAGGAUUUGGAGGAGGUAGAUCUGCUCUAUGUGCAGACCCUCAACAGCAUUCUUCACAUUGAAGACAGUGGGAUUACUGAAGAAAAUUUCCAUGAGAUGAUUCCUUUAGAUUCUUUUGUUGGCCAAAGUGCUGAUGGUAAGAUGGUUCCCAUAAUCCCUGGAGGGAACAGUAUCCCACUUACCUUUUCAAACAGGAAAGAGUAUGUGGAGAGGGCAAUUGAGUACAGACUCCAUGAAAUGGACCGUCAGGUGGCUGCUGUAAGAGAAGGAAUGUCUUGGAUUGUUCCAGUUCCUUUGCUGUCUCUUCUGACUGCCAAGCAGCUGGAGCAAAUGGUCUGUGGAAUGCCAGAAAUAUCAGUUGAAGUUCUGAAGAAAGUUGUGCGGUACAGAGAAGUUGAUGAGCAGCAUCAGCUGGUGCAGUGGUUCUGGCAUACCCUUGAAGAAUUUUCAAAUGAGGAGAGAGUCCUUUUCAUGAGGUUUGUGUCAGGAAGAUCUCGAUUGCCAGCCAACACAGCUGAUAUCUCUCAGCGAUUCCAAAUAAUGAAGGUUGAUAGGCCUUACGACAGCUUGCCUACCUCACAGACUUGUUUCUUUCAACUGAGGCUCCCACCUUACUCCAGUCAACUAAUCAUGGCAGAGCGUUUGCGCUAUGCAAUCAAUAAUUGCAGGUCUAUAGAUAUGGACAAUUAUAUGCUCUCACGGAAUGUGGACAAUGCAGAGGGCUCAGACACAGAUUAUUAACAUUCUGUGAACAAAAUCAUCUUCCUUUUACUACAGAUAGUGCCCUAAGUCCAAUUCAUUGUUGACAUAAUUUUACAGUAACCAUAGAUGUUUUAGGAGCAUAAAACCAGAUGUUAAUAGACAGUGGCCACAUUUUAGUUACUCUAAAUGUAACAAAAAAUUAGAUGUUUUUAUUUUUCUGUGAUUGUAAAAAAGAAAAAAAUGAAAAAGAAAACAAAAAAAAGUAUGAUCGGUAAGGUUUUUUUUCUCCUUUUUUUGGUCACUUUUGAUAAGUUUGCAUGGAGACAUUUUGGUGCAUUUUUGUUGGGAAUAGUACAUUUGUAAGCCCUCCCAGUGAACAUGAAGAGUUGUACAUUGUGUAUAAUUGUUCAUUAGCAAGGACAGUUUUACAUGAAUAUUCACAUAUUUAUUUUGUUUUAAUUUGAAUUGCCUGUGCAGGGUUCCUUAUGCAGAGAAAAAUAAAGCAAAUUCAAGAAUCA